GCUGGGUGAAACCGGCCAGAAUAAUUGGUCGAUUGACAGUGCGCGGCGGUCACCGAACCCUACUGGCUACUGGCUACUGGCUACACUGUGCACAGCUGAGGAUACACAAAAAGCGGGGAGCAACAGUUCGCAGCAUAGUCACCACCAGCACCACCACCACCACAACAUUUGUAUACAUGGCAACCCCCUCGCAAUCUACCAUCGUCAACAAACAUCAUGUCGUCAACGUGCAAUACGUGUACAAAGCUCCGCCGGCAGGUCGAAAGCAUGCGUACGGAGCGCGACCAGUUCCGACAGAAGUGUGCGGAGGAGGCCAGGCGGCACGGGCUCACGACCAAGUUCUACGAAAAGCAGAAAGUAGAGCUCGCCAGGAAUUGCGAGACGUUUUGUCAACAGGUUACCGAGGCAGAUGAGGCGGCGAAGGGGAGGAGGUUGGAAGAGAAAAGGAGGAAUGCAGAGCUUGUGCUGGAGGUCGAGCGGCUGAGGCAGCGAGUCGCUGAGGCGGAGGAGGAGAAGGCGAGAAGGGAGCUAAAGCAUGAGAAGAGAUGUGCGGAUCUUGCCAAGGAGAUUGAGACGCUGAGAGAACAGGUCGCUAAGGCGAAGGAGGAGAAGGCGAGGAGGGAUGAGGAGGCGAAUAUUGAGGCGCUCCGACAAUGCGUCGCUAAGACGGAGAAGGAGAAAGCGAAGAGAAUGUCGGAAGAGAAGCGGAAGGAGGAGGCUAGGAAACUCUGGGAAGAGAGAAAUAGUAUCGCUCUGUUAAUCUCAGGUAUGUCUUGGGAACAACAAGAAGUCGAGAGGCAGAAGAACAGCGCGGAGAGGAAGGAGGAGGAGGAGAGGAGAAAGGCCGAUGAUGCGAAGAUUGCAGCGCUUCGACAGCAAAUCACUGAGGUGGAAGAAGGGAAAGCAAGAAGGGAGCGAGAGCACAAGAACAGAUUUGCGGAUCCUACUAGGAAGGUUGAGAUGCACCGUCAAUCAGUCGCCGAAGCAAAGCGAGAAGGAAGGGCGGAGAGAAAGAAUGUUGAUCUCAGUAUUGAGGCUGAGUCGCUUCGAGAAUGAGUCGCCAAGGUGAAUAAUGAGAAAGCUAGGAUGCAGGUGGCAGAAGAAGAGAGGAGAAACGCUGAGUAAGAGAGCAUUGCUGUGGAGGGGAAGAUGGCGGUGGAGGUACGCAUGCACAUAAAGGUGAGGAGAGUUGGUAUGCGUAGGGAAGUAAAAAGCGAUGGAUACACUGGGCUGGAGGGAUUUUGGAGACCAGUGCUGGGGAAUGAACCGCAGGCCUUUAAAAGCUGGCUGGCUGCAACCGGUCACGAAUCGUCACUCGAUAUUUUACCACGACGGCAUGAAAAGAAUGGCUUUUAUACAGUAUACUUGGGACAGUGUCGCGAUUUAGAGUAGGUCGCAUGCAAUUAAACGAUGCACCCAAAAAAUCGAGAAGUUCCCCGCCCAUCCCACCUUGCAGCUC